AUGUCCCUCCUUUGCAGAUCGGCGUUCUUUUUCACAAAGAACUCCAAUGUGCUAAGUAUAUUGGGAAAGACCCAAACUGCCCGAGUAUGCUUGGCUGCACCACGGGUUAGCCCUUGGCUGCGUCUCAUGCAAAGAUUCAACAGCCAGAAAAGACAAUUUUCUACGGGGUUAGCUGGAUAUCAAUCUAUUCGUCACUUUUCAGGAACUCCGAAACUGGCCCAGGCUACCAUUGCUCCGGCAAAACUCGCCGUAGAGUCUAAGGCAAAGGGUUCUUCGCCUGUCGUUUCCCACAAGAUCACUGCUUACUGGUUGAUUUGCACGUCCGGUCUCAUCUUUGGUAUUGUAGUCGUUGGUGGUUUGACCAGAUUGACCGAAUCAGGCCUUUCCAUUACGGAAUGGAAGCCUGUGACCGGUGCCAUUCCUCCCCUCAACCAGGAGGAAUGGGAGGCCGAAUUUGCUAAGUAUAAAGACUCCCCUGAGUUCAAGCAAUUGAACUCUCAUAUCACUUUGGAUGAGUUCAAGUUCAUUUUCUCUAUGGAAUGGGGCCAUCGUCUUCUUGGUCGUGCAAUCGGAAUGUUUUUUGUGUUGCCCGCUGUCUACUUCUGGGCCACUGGAAAAUUCAGUCCUCACGUUACUCGUAGAGUCGUUGGCUUGACUGGUCUUUUGGGAUUACAAGGUGCAAUCGGAUGGUGGAUGGUGAAAUCAGGACUAGACGAAGACGAGCUCGCGGAAAGAAACUCCAAACCAACUGUUUCUCAGUAUAGACUUACAACUCACUUGGGUGCUGCAUUUCUCAUGUAUUUGGGUGUGUUAUGGACCGCUUUCGAAAUCUUGAACGAGAACAAAUGGAUCUCCCAGAUGAAAACAAAUCCCCAAAAGGUCACACAAAUGUUGGCCACAUUGAAUAGCCCUGCUUUAAACAGCAUAAGACGUUUGGGACUCGGUCUUUUGGCUCUUACUUUUGUCACUGCAAUGUCUGGUGGUAUGGUUGCUGGCCUUGAUGCCGGUUUGAUCUAUCCAACUUUCCCUCACAUGGGCGAUGACUGGGUUCCUUCUGGAUCUGAGCUCAUGUCGCCAGUCUUUUCACGUAAGGAAGAUCACUCUGAUCUUUGGUGGAGAAAUCUCUUAGAGAACCCAACCACGGUCCAACUUGUGCAUAGAAUUCUUGCAACGACCACUUUCUUCGCGAUUUUGGGUGCACAUAUGUCCCUUAUCAAAAAGAAAGCUGUAAUUCCAAAACAGGCGCAGAAGAACUUCCAUACAGUCAUGGGCUUAGUCAGUUUGCAAGUCGCUUUGGGAAUCAGUACAUUGAUCUACCUUGUCCCGAUCCCAUUGGCAGCUGCUCACCAGGCCGGCGCUUUGGCAUUACUCACGGGUACCUUAGCAUUCGUUGCAAGUGUGAAAAGACCAAGACCUCAGACCGUGAACUACAUUAGCGCUAUGAUGAAAAAACAAUUGCUGAAAUGA